AUGAUCGAUCGCACAGUAUCAAGUUCAGUAACAUCUCGUCGAAAAUCCCUGAGAUCGUCAGGUAAAGGCAGCGCAAGAAUGGUCAGAACUGCUUCAUCUUCGCCAGCAUUCUCCCAAAUCCGAUCGAAUGGAACUUCACCUGAAGGCCGUCUACGGCGUCAACUGCAGAAGCACAUGGGACAAAAUCACCCGCCUUAUCCCCACCACAACGACUAUGCCCUUCAUGAUCUCUAUAAUCGAUUAAAUGGCACCCUUGCUCAUGUGGAAAAAAUAGUCAAUAAAAUUGAAAAUUCUCCGAAAUCUAAGAUCAGCAGAUCGGAAGCUGAUCAGCUCAUUUUAAUCCAAUCGGCGCUUCGUGAGUUGAUAACUCCAAUGCGACGUCAGUUAGACUCUGACAAAGUCAGUCAAGUCCUCUCAACAAAGUCAUCAAAAACAAGCUCUAAUGCCUCCUACUCCAGUCUGAGAAGAGUGAAAUCGAAAGCCUCUUCCUCUUACUCUCGAAAAGUUGAAUCCACUGAGUCUAUCCAGACGGUUUCGAACAAAAGUCAACCUUGUCGGAAGACUGAUUCACAAACUCCGGCUAAUGAAUCCACAAAGAGCUCUAUUAACUCAACAACGAACAAGGAUGAUAACCAUUCAAAUGACACCACUCUUGAAGAAUUCUUUCUUGCAAAACCUGGUCGCGCCUUCCAUUUGAAACAACAGCCCAGUGCUCGUUCAACCAGAAAAUCUGAAACCGAAACAAAGUGUGUGGAUCUAUUUGAAGACGUGGGAACUUCCGAAGAUGCUGAUGAUAGUGAAUUCACAGUCAACCCCAAAUCGAUUUCGCCAAUCCACCACUUAGAAGCUCCCGAAACUGAGAGUCUCUUUCCCGAUUACUAA